UCCUCACAGCUAGAGGAGUGGGAACCGAGCCGGCCCUCCCUCUGCCUCAGGGCCAGGGCUCGGCCUUCUGGACUUUUCUUCCCAGAGUUUCGAGAUCAAAGCCAGUGCUGCAGAGGUUAGGAAGGACCGCAGGAUUCCCGGGCAGGCAAAGCCCUGUGCAUUUUGCUGUCAUUGUCCCACCCAGCUGCUGGUGACUAAGUCCACGGAUGACUAAGGAGGCCGGGCUGGGCUGCAGCUGCGCCCCAGGACACCGCCCAGCAGGCGGGAGGCCUGGGCUCAGCCAGAAAGAAAGAGGAAGAAGCCUACUGGUGCAGGCCGGUGAUCCUGGCUUUCUGGGAGGCUGUGGCAGGAGGAUUGCAAGUUGAAGCCCAUCUGGGGCAAUCUGGUGCUUUAGUGAGACCCUGGCUCGAAAUAAACAACAAGGAAGAGCUGAGGAUGUAGCUCAGGGCCAAGUGCCUUGGUUCCAUCCCCAACCCUGUAACUGACAGAGUAAAAUGGAACCGAAACAGUUAGGCUUUUUUAUUUUUUUGCUUCACAGCCAAGUGGCUUCUGCAGACUUCUUCAGUUCAGGCCCAAACGUCAGUCUGCCCAGACUGAGGGGCGGAUGCCGAUGCCAGUAGGAGGCCCAGCCCGGCUGCACCCUGGGAGGAAAGGGACAGGCUGGGGUGGGGGUGGAGCACGGAGGUCUGCGGCCCUCCUGCCUCGGCCUCCUGAGUUUGGGGAUUACAGGUGAGCGCCACUGUCCACCACACGGAUGACUUAGAUGAACUGUCGGCUUUUUGAUUUCACACAGACAGACUUUCUAGAGGUGACACCGUACGGGACAGCGAGCGCAGACAGGGUCUUGCUGCAUACCCCAGGCUGGGCUUGGACUGGCGGCAGUGUUCUCACUAUACGGCCUCCUGAACGCAGGGAUUACAGUUUGAUUGUAGACUCCUCCGAAGGAAAUUCUUCUGCAGUCUUCACAGAGCUCGCGCGGCCGGAACACACAGCAGGUGCUCAGCAGCUGCUCGCUCACAGGCUGGAGGAGUUGGCAGUGACACGCUACACCUGGAGGAGCCCCGCGGCGGGGAUCAGCCCCCUGGCAUCGCCACGCCUGGGAUCCGCAAGCCUGGGAUCCGUCCUGAGCAGCCCCCCAUCCCCCAAGGACGUGUUGUUUCAACUUCCAGGGCCAAAAAAACCUUUCUUCCUCGGGACAUUCCCCAGGUUCUGCGCAGACAGCCGACCAGAAAGAACUCAGCUGCGGUCCCACCUCAAUCUCAGCUACCGGGGAGGCCGAGGCGGAGGCCUCCCGAGUUCAGCGGUUGGAGACAGGUCUGGGUGACAGUCUCAAAAGCAAUGCAAAGGGAAAAUCCCGUAAGGCCAAGCCUCAUCUCAUCUAGCUCUAGAUUUAUGCUAAAAUGCAGUCACAAUCCAUAGGACGACAGGAAAUAAGGGCAUUUACGUAAUUAGGAUUUUUGGAAAGUAGAGAUUUCACAGCAAGUUAGGCGCAGGGCACCGCGCUGCUGAGUAGAUG